AUGUCUUCAAGCGAUUCUGAUGCUUCUAACGCCUCUGGUGCCUCUAAGGCUUCCGUAAAAAGUACAAUAUACGUUGAGAUCCUUCCGGAAGACCUUGAUACUGCUUGCAACGCCGGCUGUACGCCGGAGCGGUGUGACAGCAGGUCGGUCCGGCCCCGUGAGGCCCCGGCUGUUGAGCGUGGCCCGCCGGGCUCGUUCAUUCCCUUUGACGUACCGGCCCGGCCCCGGGAGAUACGGGGCUUACCAGCUGCCCCGUUAGACAUCUACUUCCGCUAUGUCCCCCGGGACCUUGUUGAGAAGUGA